AUCCCGAGGCGACAAGACCCUGGUUGUCUAGGCUCCCUGAAGUAAUGCCCCGGAAGGCGGGGAACGUGGACGAGGCCGAAGCGGGCGCCGAGGAGUCGGGCGCAGAAGAGUACGGCCCUGAAGAGUUCGGCCGGGAGGAGUCGGGCGCCGAGGAGUCCGGCCCGGAAGAGUCCGACCCGGAGGAGUCCGACGCCGAGGAAGAGAUGGAGGCCGGGCGGCCGCGGCCGGUGCUGCGCUCGGUGAACUCGCGCGAGCCGUCCCAGGUCAUCUUCUGCAACCGGAGUCCCCGCGUCGUGCUGCCCAUGUGGCUCAACUUCGACGGCGAGCCGCAGCCCUACCCGACGCUGCCUCCGGGCACGGGCCGCCGCAUCCACAGCUACCGAGGUCACCUUUGGCUCUUCAGAGAUGCAGGGACAUAUGAUGGGCUUCUGGUUAACCAAACUGAAUUAUUUGUGCCGUCUCUCAAUGUUGAUGGACAGCCUAUUUUUGCCAACAUCACACUCCCAGUAUAUACCUUGAAAGAGCGAUGCCUCCAGGUUGUCCGAAGCCUGGUCAAGCCUGAGAAUUAUAGGAGACUGGACAUCGUCAGAUCACUCUAUGAAGAUCUAGAAGAUCACCCAAACGUGAGGAAAGAUCUGGAGCGGCUGACACAGGAACAUAUUGAAAAUCAGCGGAUGGAAGAAGAUACUGAACAUUUUAAGUAAAGUUUGUAUUCCUGAGUCUCACCUUUUUUGAUGGUACUCAUUAGUCUUGAUCUAGAUAUGGGACUGGUCACUUAUUCUUGGUUUCAAGUUGUCUCAUUCUUGGAGUACAGUGUGCUCCAUUGCUUAAAAGAAAGCUAACUGACUUCACUAGGUAUUGUGAUGUUGAGGGGCAGAUAUCACAAAAUGAAUUUAAUACCUGCCUUUUUUAGAAGUAUUUAUAAAGAGAAAAUAGUUGCAUUUUUGUCUCCUAGUAGGUCAGGAAAGUGUGUAAGUAAUUCAAUGAGAAUUGCAGCAAAUUCUUAAUUAUAAAGAAAGCAGUGGCAUCUGCUUUUUUGUCCUGUAUUGUGGUUGGACAUGUGUCUGCCUCACCGCUUUGGGAAGACAGACGUCCUUGAGGCAGGGACAAGCCUUUUUCAUCUUAAGACCCCAGUGCCUCGCAUAUUAUGAGCCUACUGUCCAGUGUUGGUUGAAUGAACAAACCAGUGGAUGCUUUGGUAGAAAGUAUUUGGAAGUAUUGCUUUUUUUUUUGGACUUAACGUAUGUACAGUAAACAAAUGUUUGAAAGGGAACCAUUUUUAUAGAAACCACUUUUUAUAAUUUUCUAAACUUUGUGCUUUUCUCUGUCCACUUUUGUACAGCAUUGUUUUAUUUCUGUUUCUAAACUGGGACUAGUUUUCUGUAGUUAUUGUGAUAAUAGCUUUUUGUUUUUUUUUGGUUAAGUGACAUCUGCAUAUCAGUCCUCAUGUUUAAUUCCAGUGUUAAGGAGCUACUGUAUUGUAAAUAAAUUUUUAUCGAGUUUGUUAUUUCUCUUCCUUUUUGUAAAACCAUGACAUUUCCAUUUAGUUCCAACAUUUUUCAUCAGGCAGGCUCUGGUGACACUUUACACUUAGUUGAAGCACUCUAACCUCUGGCAAGUUACUCCUAACACAGUGGAUUCAUGGGAUAGGCUGGAAUCAUCUAUAGUUUUAUAAAUGUGCAAGGCCUCUCUUAUAGGCCGGACUUAAAUUCAUUAACUCAAAUUCAAUACUUCCAUCAGACUUUCUUUUUUGUAACUAAUAGUUUUUUUGUUUUGUUUUGUUUUGUUUUGUUUUGUUUUUUAAUCCCCUGGUGGAGAAAAAUGUGGGAAAGAUAGAAAAAUAAAAGGAAGAAAAAAGAUCACUGUAGACCUAUUACUUAAAUACAACCACUAUUAACAUUUCAAAUUAUUUUCUUACAGCCUUUUUUUAGGGCGUACUUUGGUUGGCUGGUUUUUACAUAACUGAGAUCAUACUGUAUAUACAGUUUUGUAUUCUACUUUUUCAUUUAACUUCAUAACUUAAAUAUUUUUCCAUGUUAUUGUAAGCUCUUAAUAAACCUUAGUACAGUCUUCCUUUUAUAAUUAAUAGAGUAUUACCUAUAGGCAUAAUUCCUAUGCUCUGAAAUCAGAGUAAAGGGAAUGAAACAAACUCCUCAAGUUUUCCCAGAACACUUUAUUUUUUUUAAGUUUUACCUAAUGUUUUUCCCUCCCUUUUAACACUCACCAAAUAAGUUGUGUUUGUUUGUUUGUUUGUUUGUUUUUGUUUUUUGUUUUUAAGCAUAUUGAAGUAGUUCUCAUUCCAUGACACACCUCUAAAUAUCUAUUUGGGGUCUGAAAUGUUGGGUAGGGAAGAAGAAAUGUGGAAGCAGAGAGUUUCAUGUGUUGGUGAAGAAGGCAGCUGUAUAGGUUCCAAUGUGGGGUAGGGUGGGGAAUUUAAGGAAGUCUGCUGGUAGUUGAUUAGUUCAAUUUUGGGCUUUUUUUUUAACCUGUCUUUGUGUCAAAAUGAGAUUUUCAUGUUCCUCUUGUUAAAACAUUCAGUUUGAGUACUGUGUUUUUUGUGUGUGUUGUCCAAGGAAGAUUGAAAACCUGUAGCAUGAAUAAUAUAUGUUUUUAAAUGUUUUUAUUUGAAAUCUGUGAAUGUAUUAAAUGUCUUGCUCUUAA